AUUAUAUCCAGCUUUCGCGUGCCAACAUGCCGCCCAUGCUUAUGUUUGUGGCCCUAUGUACUAGCCCGAAACAUAUUUCGGCCCAUACUACCAAUCCCUAGUUGGGGCCCUGUCUUCUCGUGCCAUUGAUAUACCGCCUGAUGGCCACCCCUCAAGCUGAAGCUCCUCUCAUCGAUUUUCCAUAUCAACCCUUUGCACAUCAACACUCGGCCACUUCUCGUUCAACGGUACUCUUCACUCACAGCCGUCAACAUCCUCACAUCCACCUCAUUCACGUCAACCACAAACACCGCCACGAUGCAGAUGCACGCUUCCGCCCCGUACAUGGGGCAGCAACUACCACUGGCUAGCCCAGGACCAGCCAGCACCGAUGUCUAUCUCGACGAUAUCUCGAGGCAAAUAGGGCUGGCGCAGCUUCAGAACAGGCGUUACUCGCCAACGUCCAGCAGCCAUGUGCUUCAUGCCCACGGCGGAAGCCCCAUGCGUAUUACCAAGCCGACAAGCACUAGCAACAGCCCCAGGUCUGCAAUGCAGGCAAGGAGAAGGACCAUGGUGAACGACAACCUGAUCGCCCAGAGGAAUCAACUUCUAUUGGAGCAGGCAUGCCUGCCCACUUCAACCCAGAACGUCGUGCCUGACAACUUCAUGAGGAGACCUUCGCGGCCAGUGAGCUGGCACCCAUCUUCACAGCUUGGGCAUAUGUUGCCGCAACAGCAAAUGCUUCCGGCGCAACAAACUCAGCACGCCCUGCCGCUCUCACAAUAUCCGUUCCCCGCAUAUAACGAGGCGGACUUCUCUACUCAGUACCAGCAAUAUCUUCCUCCUACCCCCGCCGUAUACUCGGCAUACAACUCACCCACUGGUCUCUCUCCGUUGGCCUUGCCAUACUCGAACUUUCAGGCACCUCAGUACGCCAUCAAGGACCUAUGGACCACAUCUGCCCCCAUGAAUCCCUCAAUCAAGCCUGUGUCACCAGACUCGGAGUGCCCUGGGCUAGUUGAGUCUACGAGCGCCACCGAGCAAUAUGCUCCUGCCGCCGUGACUUCGCAAGGCGGCACAUCUACCCAAUGGAAUUCCCUCAUGCCGGGUGCCACCCCUCCCACGCCUGACUCUUACCCUGCGAUUCCGGCAGCGCCAGAGCCCGUCAUUCCAACAGAUGAGAGCAUCCCCUACCGUUCACUCGAUGAGGAGGAGGAUGACGGAGAGAUUCUCGUGGGUAUGGGUCUCUAUGAUCCGCCGGAGAAGGGUUUGGGCGACUACACCCUUAACACCUUCCGCUCAUCGACCACUUCGCUCUUCGGUGGCUAUGAGAUCACUGAGCCCAAGGGCAAGGGCCUCAAGCUGGAGGAGACCUGGGUUCCUCCCCCGCAGGAAGAGGAGGAUGAAGACGAGUCCAACAGUGACGAUGACGCCGAUGCCGAGGAGCAGGAGUGAACAUAUGAGGCACCACCCACAUGCUUUUACAUUUACUAUUUUGAACUUUCUGUUGUACAUAUAACAAACUAUACAUGGCCGCUGCGAUGCGAGCCUCGGUUGGGACUGGGUUUAAAAGGGAUACCCGGAGUACACUGGCCAAAGGGAAAGGUUAUUUGAUUUUUUGGGAUGAUUGGACCACGGAUUAUGAUACCCCUAGAUAGCAGCGAAAGCAAGAUCAAGUUUUUUCUUCACUUUACAAACUUUUUCCCUUUUUCCACUUGACCCAAAUCCGUC